AGUUGAAAUGAUAAAACAGAGAGAGGAAAUGAAGAAUAGGAAAAUGUAGUGCAAGUAGAGAAAGUGGCAUCGCUUAGGUACAGACACAAACCGGUAAAACCCCCCGACCCUAGUGCCGCACAAUUCUCUUCACUCCUUCUCUCUUCCUUGAAGGUUAGGGUUUCACGUUCCAAUUUUCCCAAUCUUCACUUUUAUUUAUGGCUCUUCUUGUCUGUGCUGGACGCAAUCUCACCUUCAAUUUCUCUCUGACUUACUUUGACUUGAUAUUUUUCACUUCACAGUAUCUUCUACUUUUGAUUUCAGUUUUUUUUUCCUUUUGAAGAAUUGCUCACAUUCGCUUCAACUGCUUCUUCAGAUUUUUUUAAUAUUUCUGCUCUUCACUGUGUUGGAAUCUGUUGGUGGUUAAAAUUCUGGAUCCUCCUUUACUGUUGGACUUAGUGGAAACUCAAGGGUUGAACCGUUCUGGAGAUCCAGGAACUGGAUUUUUAUUCUUGCACAGAAAUGCGUCUGGGUUCAAUUAUUGGUUGACCUCCAUGAUACAAGGAGGGAUGUAGUAAGAGAUUUACGCAAGUGGAGCCGCAUCUCACUGGGAAUGAACUAGUAACGAGGGUUUUGGGUAGUUUAUCUUUAAAAUUAAAAAGCAAAUGAGCCCAAGUAUAGCUUUAUCUAUUUUCAAUUUAGCUAUUGAUAUUCAAUUAUCCAUCGGUCAUGGUCAUGGUCGAGGCUUUUCGUUGCUUUUUGAAAUCCCUUGUAGAUUGAAUGGAGUGAAUGAACGAGUGAGUAGGGUCAACUUAAACUUGUUUACUUUUUUCUUUUCUUUUUUUCAGUUUUGCUGAACUUCAUUGUGCCAAAAUCUUUUAAAUUUCAGCAUGACCACUUUUUCUUGAUUAUUUCCUUUUUUAGUACUCUGCACUUGUUUUGCGUAAGAUAGUCAUUAGUCUUGGAUGAAAGUUGAUAAUAAGUUUCAAAACAGUGCAUUUAAAACUUUGUUUCCUGUUUAUUGAUACUAGGAUUUAGGAGUGUGGCCUUCGUGAAGUACUACUUGAAAAGGAACUUGAUUAUAUGGUUGUCUAUCAGCAUUAUUUGGUGAUAGGUAUCUAUGCAUUAUGUGUUCAGAAGAUUAGAAUAAAAAGGGAUUCUUUCUGCCAAUUCAUUUUGCCCAAUUUUUUCAAUACACUUUUAUGGUUGAUCUUUGUUCAUUUGUUACACCUUUGUUUCCUUGUUGCUUCUAUGGAAGUUCGGAAAUAAGAAUGAUGACUGAUAAGUUUGAUAUGAUAUUGCAAUAAUUUUAAGAACUUUAAUUGUUUCUAUUUUUAUUGCUGUGGACUGGUAACUGCUUGCUACACUACUACCAUGUUCCUUGAAAUUUUUAAAUAACAUUUAUUAUUGACGUAAAAUCAGAGAUUAAGUUAAUGAACUUUCAAAUAUUUCCAUUAUUGUUGCUUUGGUAACAUCUACUCACUAGUUACUACUUUACUACCAGGUCUGCCAUGCAUAUACAUCUGUGUGCGUCUUACUAUCCCCUCAUACCAUAAUUUCCUUUUAAGGUUUCUGGAAACUUUGAAUAUGUGUUUUUUUUAGCUUAUAUGGAAGUGUAUACAUGAAGAGUGAUAGAUCUCCACCUCUCCUCUUAACAACCCCAAAUUAUCAGAACUUAGAAGCUUCCCCACAAACCUAACAGCCUGUUUAUUAUUUCCUAAUUUUAUCCCGAAUUUCCUUUGAGACUUAAUCUGCAAGUCUUUUUAUAUUGUUACCAUCUUUUACAUGUUUUUUUCAUUAUUAUAUUUUAAGACUUACUAAAUCACAUUCUUGUAUAGGAUUAAUUUUCAUCAAGUACCUGCUAGGUGUGUAAUCCCUAUGUAUAAGCAUGGUGAGUAUUUUAAACUUUGCAACAUUCAUUGUUGUUGGGAACUGUUAAUAGAGUAAUUCCUUCCUACCCAAUAUUCCUGCACCUCAAGAAAGAGGAGGAUGAAAAAGAUCCACUAGUUAUACCAAAUUGCCAAUAUAAACUGUAAAGAGUGUGUAUGUUCAUGUGCAGGACUUCUGUCAUACUGUUGUUUGAUUAAUCUAGUUUCAUACUGGUUGAGGAGACCUAGAGUCAAUAUUUAGCUUUUGCUACUAUUUGUGGAUUUCUGAUGGAUGAUGCCGGGCAUCGGGAAAAUGGAAGGCACAAAGCAGAUCAAUAUAAAUCUGCUCAGGGACAGUGGUUGAUGCAACAUCAGCCUUCAAUGAAGCAGAUUAUGACAACUAUGGCUGAAAGAGAUGCAGCCAUCCAGGAAAGAAAUCUGGCCCUUUCUGAGAAAAAGGCAGCACUUGCAGAACGUGAUGUGGCAUUCCUGCAGCGUGAUGCUGCAAUUGCAGAACGAAACAAUGCAAUUAUGGAGCGAGAUAAUGCAAUUGCAACUCUUCAGUAUCGAGAAAACUCUUUGACUAGUGGCAGUAUGCCAUCAUGUCCUCCAGGAUGCCAAAUUUCACGUGGGGUCAAGCAUAUACAUCAUCCCCAGCAACAGGUACAUCAUUUACCUAACAUUGGCGAUGCUUCUUACAGCGCCCGGGAAAUGCACACUACUGAUGCCCUCCCUGCAGCCCCCAUCCCUACUGAGGCUGGGAAAUCACGGCGAGCCAAACGGCCAAAGGAACCUAAGUCAACUUCGCCUAAUAAAAAGACUUCAAAAGCAGCAAAAAAAGUCAAGAAGGAAAGUGAAGACUUGAAUAAGGUUAUGUUUGGCAAGGCGCAUGAGUGGAAGAGUGGUCAGGAAAUGGUUAACGGAGGUGAUGAUCUUAACAAGCAGUUAGCAGUGUCAAAGGCUGAUUGGAAAGGUCAGGACUUGGGAUUGAACCAAGUGGCUUAUGACGAGUCAACCAUGCCACCGCCGGUAUGCUCUUGUACUGGUGUUCUGAGACAGUGUUACAAAUGGGGUAAUGGGGGCUGGCAGUCUGCCUGUUGCACAACUACUCUGUCAAUGUAUCCACUUCCUGCCGUGCCCAACAAGAGGCAUGCACGGGUAGGUGGUCGGAAGAUGAGUGGAAGUGCUUUCAACAAGCUGCUCAGUAGGCUUGCAGCAGAAGGUCACGAUCUGUCAAACCCUGUUGACCUCAAGGACCAUUGGGCCAAACAUGGAACAAACCGAUACAUCACAAUAAAAUAGAUGGUGGGAAAUUGUUCGAGGCCGCAAUACAUGCUUCAAAACAGCUUUUAUUGAUCACUUAUGAAUUCUCAAGCUGAACUAGGAGGAAAAUAAUGCAAGUGUAAAGGUCGUCAGGGAAAGCUAAUAUUUAAUGUUUGCCCCUACCUAUAUUUAGGAUGCAUAGUCCUACGGGAUGUUGGCUAUAUUAGGGGUUGAAGAAACGACUAUAUAAUCAUCCUUGUCAUUUGUGGUCUGGUGGCACCAAUGGCAUGUAUAAAAAGUUUGUAUGAUGGAUAAAUAGCUGUUAGAUAGUCUUGGUUAAUGCAUGGUAGUCCUUAAACCGGAAUAAUUCUACUCUUAUUUCCGUAGUCAUCCUGGAACACUAUCUACGAGUUAAUAUGUGAAAUUGACUAUGUAUUUUAAUUUUUUCCUAGUUUCAUGUUUUUAAUUUUACCUCCUCCUUGAAGCCUAUCCAUGAGUUUAGUUAUUAUUGGUGGUUGCAACAGGAAUUGGCAUCCUAAGAUGGUUGACGCCAGAGGAUUAAGCAAUUCUCACUAAGUGUUGGGGGUCAUCGGGAACAUGGCUCUUAAGUCUUGAUAGCGUCUUUUCAUGUAUGAUACGCAGAUUAAAAAGCACCUAAGAAUAAUGUUUGGCAGCUGUAGAGACCCGACCUGUUCCCCCUUUUUUUAUUUGCACAUUAUAUUUAAGAUUUUGUGUU